AGUGACGGCCGCACACAGGGUGGUGAGCAACUUUAUUCUUGUGCCAAAGUCGUGUGUUUCGACAUGCGGUACCAGCAGCUGCCUUGGUGAAAAGAGAAAAAUGUGACUGUGCUUUCAGAUGGGAAAUUAAAAUCCGUAAAUUCACCGAAAAUACGAUCCAAAAUAGCAUGACUAUAACGUUAAUUUUAACAUCAUAACAUCCAGAACGCAACAUCAAAUAGUCAUUAUCAAGUGAAUCACCAACAUCUGAGUUUUUCCAAUUCGAAAAAAGUGUACUGCCGACUGUGUGGAAAACGAGGAAGAAUUAUAACAACAUGGCUGACCAACCAGCAGUAAGUGCGCCAGAACAGCAGCCGCAGCCGCCCCAACAGCAAGUCCAGCAGCAGCAGCAGGCACCACCGCCAGCCCAACAACAGCAACCGCAGCAGCAGCAGCAGCAACAACAGCAGGAGCCGGAAGCACAAUCUCCAGACAGUGGCAAACCAGUGGUCCCCCAGCAGCAGAAGGAGAUUAUCGCUACAAAGGUAACCGGUGUCGUUAAGUGGUUCAACGUCAAGAGCGGCUAUGGCUUCAUUAACCGGGGAGACACUCAGGAAGAUGUCUUCGUUCAUCAGUCAGCCAUUGCUCGCAACAACCCGAAAAAGGCCGUCCGUUCCGUUGGCGACGGAGAGGUGGUCGAGUUUGAUGUCGUCAUUGGCGAAAAGGGUAACGAAGCCGCCAACGUAACCGGUCCCCAGGGUGAACCAGUGAAGGGAAGUCCGUACGCCGCUGAGAAACGCCGCGGUUACCGCCAGUGGUGGCAGAAGCGCGGAGGUCAGCGUCGUGGUCCCCAGUCCAAGGAUGGCCAGGAUGACCACAUCCAGGAGGGUCCGAUCGAUGGACAGCAACAGCAGGCACCUCCGCCGCAGCAACAGCAACAACAGCCGCCGCAUAUUAAACAACAACAGCAGCAAGGUCCGCCACAACGCCGCUUCCGUCCCCGCGGACGUGGUGGAUACCAGACGUACUAUCGUCCACCACCCCGAGGAGGACCCCGUGGUCCCCCGAUGCAGGACAACGGACAGAUGGAUCAGAACCAAAUGGAUGACGGUCAAAAUGGACGAGGCCAGGUAGGACGUGGUGGUCCCAGACGAUUCUUCCGUCGCAACUACAGCAACGGAGGUGGACGCGGCAUGAGCCGAGGCCCGGGUGGCCCACCCCGUCGCGGAGGAUACCGUGGGGAUUACCAGCCUGACUACCAACAGAACGGACCGGAACAGCCACGUCGUAUGCCGAUGCGCGGUGGAGGCCGUCCUCGUUAUCCACGUCGUGGAACACGGGGCACGGGCAGACCAAGAAGCGAUGCUGGAGCAGGCGGCAACAAUAACGCCGUCCAGAACACGACCACUGAGAGCUCCGCAUAAACCAGCCCAACACACGAGAACGAGCAUCGCCAGGCAGGCAGAAGAGGAUAAUUAGCGCAGAAUGGUACCCAACAACAACAACAACUUAGAAGAACAUCACUAGCAAGUCCCGCACGCACACGAACAUCGAUUGGGAAACAACGACCGAUCACGUGUGUUUUGGAUCGUCUCUUUUGGAUGGAGUCUCUCGCAACGGAAACAAUACAACCUAUAGAAUAUAGUGAACAACAAGUAUAAAACCCAUACUAUUUUAAAUGUAACUAUUCAAUUGACAACCAAAUUGAAUAUUGGAUCGUGUUAUGAAGCGGGAAAAAAUGUUUAAAUUUUGAAUCGAAUCGGAAAAGCGAGAAAUAACGCCAUCAAAAGCAAGCAGCAGCUCGUUUGAAAGAGUAGUGCGGUGGAGCACAUCGGGUUAGGUCGAACUUUACUAUUUUCGAUGGCCGGGGUCAAGCGAGUUCCUCCUAGCAGUUCAACGUAUGACAAUUGGCCUCUCGGAACGUUGACGAACAACACCCACGAGGACAACAACUACAACCAACUCGGUGGACACUUCUUAUCCACACAAAACACAAUCACAACACAGAUCGUGUCGACCAUCGUACCGGAAGUGCCACCGAGUGACACCGGACACCCUGUGGUCUUUGUGGGGAUUUGUUGCCAACGGUUAGGCGUGCCAGAACCACCAUACACCAUAGCAGUUAGCAGUGCCGUUUCUCUCAGACCACGGUAGUUCAACGACUCAAACAUCCCCCGUACAAUAUUUCAUAUAAUACUGUAUUGUUUUUUUCGUAUCGUUUUCAAAAUUUUAAAACACGCGUUUUUGUUGCCUCGGAGUCGCUGCCGAGUGAUUGAUUAGGAAAAACAAUUUUUAAAUUACCGGAGUAAAAAAGUCAAAACGAAGCUAAAAAAUGUCAAACAACCAAUAUUCGGUUUGGUUCCAAAUAAGAGUUUGAUUUGCUAAUAAUUAAAGAGAUAAUAAAUACCGGAAGGAAGAAAAUUACACUACUAAAUGAUUACAAUACCCGUUGAAGAAAACAUAAAAAUCAAAUGAAACAGCAAAAGUAGAAGAAAAGUGUUAAAAUAAGAUACACAUAAUCUAGCAAGAAAGGGAAAAGAGAACAUGAUGGCCCAGACACAGACAGAGAAACAAAAUAUGAAUUUCGCGGGAAAAAAAGAUCAAAUCUUGCCUUCCCGCGCCCAGGCGCGGUCUCAAUUUUCUUUUCCUUUUCACGCUCUUAUAUCGUUCGUGUUACUUACUUUUUUUUCGUUUUUGUGUUUGCUUUAAACCCGAUAGUCACGAGCAAGAUAUUUUUAGUAUUCGGAACAGGCGCACUAAAACGCGCUCCGCCUUUUUUAUUUUAGGAUUUACUUUUUUUUUUUUUUGAAAACGGACACAUCAUUGCGUACACAUUUUACACCUGACAAUGCAGAGACGAAAACGUGAAGCAUUUUAUAUCGAUGUUUUUGAAGCGUAGAAAUAUCAUUUUAAUAAAUAUCUAACCCCUCUUUCAACCAAAAGUAAUAUUCACAACAAAACAGCAAAGAAAUGCUAAAAAUAAAAAAUAACAUUUGAACUGCAUGAAAUGAAUUACGGAGGAGAGAAAAAAACGAUUGGAGGAAUGAAGGAAGAUACUGCAAAAAAAAGUUAUAUGCAACCAAGCUAUAAUCAGUAAGGAAUGAAUAAAAUAAAACUACUUAAAUAAGGAAGAAAAUUGUACUAGUAAUAAAGAUAAAAUCACGUUUGUUUGCUCCAAGAAGAAAACUAAAUACCAAGUAAGCAAAGAAGAAGUACAUUUGAGGUGAAAACGCCGAGAGCUCCUACCAACAAACAAACACAAACAAACAAAAUCUAAAGUCGAUCUACAAAGAGACGUACCAUGUCUGUCGCGGUGAAAAGCGAAGAGAACAUUUAAUGAACAGAUCAGAAAAUGCAUAACAUACUGUAAUUGAUUUAUGGAAACAAAGAAAAAAAAUGGAUUAAAUCUACCAAAAAAA